UUAAAACUAUUAAUAAAUGUAUCACCAAACUUUGAAGUAUUACUAGAAAAUGAAAUUAAAUCAAUAUUAAAAUCAAAUAAAUUACAGGUACCAUCUAUAAAAAGAUACAAUAAUAGCGAAGAAGAGUUAUUGAAACUAUCAAAAUACAUAUGGGCCAUCAGCAAUUGCAGUAGAUUAUCAGAAUCGAUAAGAAUCAGAGUAGGUGAUUCUUUUAUUUCUAAAAAUUUUAAUCAGUUAAAAAAAGGCAUGGAAGAAAUCGGAACGGAAGAAUAUAUAAAGUUUUUUACAAGUUCAAAUAAACCACCUCAAGUUUCAGUUAGCUGCUCAUCAUCAAAACUUUAUCAUAGCGAAGCUGUAAAAGAAAGAUUUUUAAACUUUUUUAAAGAAACCAUAACAAAGGAAAUCCAAUCAGAAAGCAAUAGCAACAAAUUAAAGCCAAUUAAAAAGAUAUUAAAGAAUUUACACUAUAAAAAAAGAAAGCAGCAACAGGAAAAUAACAAUAAUGAAGAACCAUAUAAUAUAGAUGAAGAAAUUGAAAAGUUUCAAAAUAAACUUGAUCAAUUGGUUAAAGAGGAGAAUGAAAAGGAACAAACCAAAGUGUAUAUUAGAGUUGAAGAUGAUAAAACCCAAAUAUCUGUAGAUGCAGCAAUACCAAGCAAUGGUGAAUUGUUAUACAAGAGAUCAAACGAUAAGCAUGUAGGUGAAGCACCCAUUAGAGAAACAAUAGCAAGUGCAGUUUUGAUGAAAACUGAAUUCAAUGGUAAUACUACAUCGCUAUGGGACCCAUUCUGUGGCAGCGGUACACUCAUCCAAGAAUCGUUAAGUUUAUUAAAAUACAAACCAUCAAUGUCAACAAAGUUAGUUAGAAAAUUUCAUUUCGAAGAUUUUAUGUGGCAUUUAAAGGAGGAGUAUGACCAAUAUCUAAAACUUAUUAAUAGAGAUUUAUCAAAACUAAAUGAAGGUGUUUUCUUUAUUGGUUCAGAUAUCAGCCAAAGAGCCAUAGAUGCAUCGUUCCACAACUUAAAGAAUGAAGGUUAUCAAAAUGUUAACUCAAACCAACAAGACACUGAAAAUCGUUUAAAACUAUUUAAAGGUGAUUUCGAACAAAUAUUUAAAUCAACGAUUGAGCCAUUAAUAAACAAUAGCAACAAUAAUAAACAAAUUACAAUAAUAACAAACUUACCAUACGGCCAAAGAAUUUUAAAUAGUCAAACUAUAGAACUAAUAGAUGAAAAUCAAGAUCCCCAAUUAGAACAAGAAAUAUUUAAUACACUAAAUCAAAAAAACUAUUCAUAUUUAAAUGACCACAUAACAGAUGACUUAAAACUACUAUUUAAAAGAUUUGGAAUGUUUUUAAACCAACAUAUAAACGAACCCAACAGUAUAAUCAAAGAUGUAUAUGUAAUUAAUGGAAAUUUAUAUUUUAAGAAUUUAACAACAAAUAAUAACCAAUACAAUUUCAAAUGGGAGGAAUUAUUAAAAUUUAAAAAUGGUGGAUUAAAUGUAGAAUUAUUAAAACUA